UUACAUAAAAGAGAAACAAUAAAAGAACAAGUUCAAGAAGAAAAGUUUUCAGAUGUAUAAUGUUAAUGUUCACUUACAAAUUUAAUAAAAAAGGAAAUCAACAAGAAAAUACCUUCAAAAUUUUCCAUAAGCAAUAAAAAAAUCUACGAAAAUAACAAUAAAAAAAACCAUUGCCAAAGAAUAGCAAUAACACUUAAAACCGAAUAAACAGAAAACGAACUUUUCCACUCUAAAUAAGGCAAAUUAUGGCUGGUCCAUUUAUAUCGCCACUGCCCGGAGAUCUGCUCACGGAGUAUAUGUUUGGCCGGAGAAGACAGCGCCGGAACCGCACGACCUUCACGCCCCAGCAGCUGCAGGAGCUGGAGGCCCUGUUCCAGAAGACCCACUAUCCCGACGUAUUCCUGCGCGAGGAGGUGGCCCUGAGGAUCAGCCUGAGCGAGGCGCGCGUCCAGGUGUGGUUCCAGAAUCGACGGGCCAAAUGGCGCAAGCAGGCGCGACUGCAAUUGCUGCAGGACGCCUGGCGGAUGCGCUGCCUCAGCCUGGGCACGCCCCCCGUCAUGGGCGGCAGUGCGGGCCAGGUGGGCGGUUCCGGUCCUGGAGCUCCGACUCGACCGCCCAGCCAAACGCCCGAGAACCUCUCCGCCGGCGGCAAGGAUUCCGACAUGGGCGAUGGGGUGAAUAAUGGGCCCAGUUCCGGGAGCUUCACCAUGAUGCAUCCGGCUUUCCAGCAGCAGCAGCAGCAACAACAACAGCAGCAGCAGCAGCAGGCACACCAGCAGGCCCAGGAUCAGGACAAGCUAUCGAAGACCUAUACGGAACUAAAGCUCUACAAGGCGCCCACACACGGCAUGGAACUGGGCGGAAUGGCCGCCCUUUCCGGACACUCUGAUGAGGGAUCGGAUGGAUCCGAUUCCGAGGAGAUCGAUCUCACUUCCGGCGCCUGUAUCGAUUUCUCCCAGAGCAGCAAGCUGCAGCAGCAACAACAACAGGGCACUCAGGGAUCAGCGGGAUCGGCGGAAUCGAACGGCGUCCUUUAGACAGGGAUAAAAAUAUAUAUUGAAGGGUACAGAAACGGAUACGAAUGUGGAUAAAGAUACUGAUACUCGUAAAGUACUCAUUCGCCGCAUUAAAAGUUUUCCUAGAGAACAACACAUUGCAAUAUUUUCCCAUGAACUUUUUCAAUUUCAAUUUUUUAAAAUCAUGGUUCAUUAGUCCUUUAUUUGUUGGCAAUUAUUUUAAAAUU